GAAAGAAAGUACGCUUGUCAUCACUUGGACGUGCAUAUUUCCCAAUUUUUCACUGCCUCCUCAUUCAAACCCCAUCACACAUGUCUUGCAGGGUCUCAGUUCUUGCAAGCUCACAUCUCCCAAGACUCGCAACACGUACCACCUCCAAGGGAGCAUUUCUCUCUUCACGCAUCGGCCCAAACACAUUCGGCAGGCCUCAGCGAGCUUUCUGUUUAACUCGCAAGAUGGACGAAGCAGAGGCAAAGGGCAAGGCGUCGAUGCCGGAGCAGGACCACUGGAAGUUCCGUCCUCCGUACAAGAUCCACAAGGACAAUGAGUCGUUCAACACCCGGUACGAGGCGAGCUGCCAUUGCGGUAGGGUGAAGUACCAGCUCAGCAGAGAGGAGCCGCUCGACAGCAAGUUGUGCCACUGCACCACGUGCCAGACUCAGCAUGCCGCUCCAUUCCAAUGGGCCGCCAUUUUCCACAAGGAUGACAUCAACUUUACGCACGGCCACCAUGAUCUGGAGUGGUACGACCCAAGCUCCAAGAGCAUUGAGCAUAAGCUACCGUGCAAGGUGCGCUGCUCGUUCUGCCACAGUCCAAUCAUGGACGAAGGCAGGAACAUGAUUCUGCUCUUCCCGAGCUUGGUCCAUCUUAAAACCGACGCAGAUAAGGCGAACUUCAAGCCAAGAUGCCACAUGUUCUACGGCCAGCGUGUGAUGGACAUUCCAGAUGGUUUACCGAAGUGGAGUGGGCUCAAUGAUCAGAGCGACCUGAUCGAGGACAGCCCGCCAGAGCUAGUCAAGCAGUUUGAACGCAAGAGGGAAGAGGAGCGAGCAGAGAAGUUCAAGAAGGGCGAGAACAAGUAAGCUGCAAAACACCUUGAUGGUAGUGUAACCACGUCACUGGGCAUAUAGAGGGUUAGUGCGGGUUACUGCCCUUUGUGUCUAGCAUUGAGAGUGAGUCAGAGACUUCGAGCAAUGAUGGAGCACAUCGCUUCUGAUUGACGAUGCUCGCUGUACUCUAGUGUACUAAAAGAGUUGCUCUGGCUACCAGGCCCUAUGCAAACGCCAUCUCAUGGCUGUCCGAUGUGUACCGCUCUUCCAAUGGCGAUGUGUGAUCGUAAGGUAGUCUGUUCGUAAGGAUACUCAACGGUUCACUCGCAGCACCUCAAACGAUAGUAAAGACUUGUGUAA